CCAGGCCUGCAGGGGGCAGCAUGAUUAACCCGUUGCAGAGAGCUGGAGUGACAGCAUGGAGAAGAGCUGGCCGGUGAGGAACGUGUUGGAGUGAAGGAGCUCAGUGCAGUUUGAACCCGUCCUGGUGGUGGUACCUCUACACUAACAGUAUUCCUCAGUCUGCAGAAGCAGUAAACGCUGAUGGCGACUGAACAGGACUUAGCGUCGGUGGGGAGCAUCCUCGUCAACCCCAAACAGGACCUGACGACUCGUUUUAGGGCACUUUUUACACUCAGAAACCUUGGCGGACCAGAGGCUAUUAAAUGGAUCAGCGAGGCUUUCAUGGACGACUCUGCGCUGCUGAAGCACGAGCUGGCGUACUGCCUCGGACAGAUGCAGGACGAGCGAGCGAUUCCCGUUCUGGAGACGGUUCUGAAAGACACUAAGCAGGAGCCAAUGGUUAGACAUGAAGCAGGUGAAGCUUUGGGAGCCAUUGGAAAUCCAAAAGUCUUAGAUUUACUGAAGCAGUAUUCAGAGGAUCCCGUCAUCGAGGUGGCAGAGACAUGUCAGCUGGCUGUGAGGAGGUUGGAAUGGUUGAUGAACAGUGGGGAUGAGAACUCUGCGGGGGAUACAGACUGUAACCCGUACUGUUCUGUAGAUCCCGCUCCCCCCGCCCAGAGGAAGAAUGUUCCUGAGCUGAGGAAGCAGCUGCUGGAUGAAGAUCUGCCGCUUUUCGAACGUUACAGAGCCAUGUUCGCUCUCCGAAACCUCAGCACUGAGGAAGCCGUUCUGGCUCUAGGAGACGGCCUCCAGUGCAGCAGCGCUUUGUUCCGUCACGAGAUCGGCUACGUCCUGGGUCAGAUACAGCACGAGGCCAGCAUCCCUCAGCUGCGCGCGGCUCUGGAGAAGGUGGAUGAGAACGCCAUGGUGCGGCACGAGUGUGCCGAGGCGCUGGGGUCUAUCGGCAAGGACGCGUGUGUGCCCAUCCUGCAGCAGUACCGUCAGGACCGAGAGCGGGUGGUGAAGGAGAGCUGUGAGGUGGCUCUGGACAUGCUGGAGUACGAGAACAGCGGACAGUUCCAGUACGCUGACGGACUCAUACGAGCGAAUGCUGCCACUGCCACUGCUGCUGCUCAGUGAGAGCGGCUCUUCUGCUGCGGCUCUUUAGCACUUUAACACACCUGGCUUUCUGAGGACCUGCUCUCGAGUUCUGGGCUCGGUUUCCCAAAACCAUCUCAGCAAAAAACAAGGUUGAUAAAUGGGCGAGCGAGCAGAACACUGUCUCUCUCUCUCUCUCUCUCUCUCUCAUUUAAAAUGAUCUCAACACUAAGAUGCCUUUGGGAAACUCAGCCCUGGUCCUGAUUAUACUGGCCUUAGUCCCCCUCCGUGGUUUUGUAAAGACUUCUUCUGAACUUCAAAGCUUUCAACGUAAAUAAAUAUUUUAAAUGGUU